AUGGACAAUAAUAAUGACGAUGAACGUAAUAACACCUUAUUUUGGAAAGUUUUCCGAAAUGUUUUUUUAAGAAAAAGAAUUCUUCAAGGGUUAAGAAAUAAUUCUCUACCAUUUUUAGAAUCGUCUAAAAGAUGGGAUCAGAUGCACUCUGUACAUUGGUUAAUCAAAAACAAACAUAUAGGGGCAUUAAAAGAAAAGGUUAGAUUGGGUGAAUAUUUAACAUUCAGGUCAUCCGCAAAGCGUUUAUUCACUCUACAAGAUGAAGAUCUAUUAAUAGACCUCUACGAAAAGUAUACACAAGAGUUUGAAUCGAUAAACCCAGUUCAACUAGCAACCGAGUUUAAUAAUUUAAAAUUUUUAAAAUAUCUAAUAGAUGUCAAAAAAUUUUCACCAUUUUAUCAUUUUACAAGUGAUAACGAUCUAUAUAAUAAAAAUAAAAAUAAAAAUAAAAAUAAAAAUAAAAAUAAAAAUAAAAAUAAAAAUAAAAAUAAAAAUAAAAAUAAAAAUAUCAACAACAACAACAACAAUAAUAAUAAUAAUAAUAGUAAUAAUAAUACUUGUGAGAUAUUUGAUAAAGCAAUUGAAAAUGAAUUAAUUGAAAUAAUAGAUUAUUUAUACAAAAAGUUUCAGUUUACAAUUCCACCAAAUAUAUUUCUUAGAACAACAAAUCAAAAGUUUUUACAAUACUUUUUAGAUCUUGUAGGAGAUUUACCAACCAAUCAUCAAUUUUAUAAAAUCCAAUUCUUUACAUCAAAAUAUUAUUUAUCAAAAAUAAACCCAGAAACGUUCAAUAGAUUGACACAGAACAAUUUAAUUAACUUUGAUACUAAAAAUAUUUGUUUCAACGAAAGUCUCUUUGAUAGCAUUACCAUUACAAAGAAUGAUCAUGGUCUCUUUGGAGGGUGUAGUAGAAGGUCCUCCCCCGAUGAUUAUAGUAGAGCAUACAGCAAAACGUUGUUCGAUCUGGAUAGAAUUUUGAAGAUGACCUACUUCAAUAUUGAUGAUUCAAAUAGCUUAGACUACAUUUUAGAUUAUUAUUGUUUGGAAAAUAGUUUGUCAAUUUUAAAUAACUCACCAUUAGAGUUAUUUUAUUUUUUAUCAAAUUUUUGUAUCUUUAUCAAACAUAUCAGCACCAUUACAAUAAAUAAUGGUAUUAAUAGAUUAAAUAAAAUUAAAUUUGGGAUGGAGCAACUUCAAAUUGGUUUAUGUGCAGUUUCAUCAAGUUUUAAAGAUUUUGAAAGAUCAACCGAAGAAAUGUCCCCCAACAACAACAACAUUAGUAAAGAAACUAUUAGGUUUUUAUGGUCCCUGUACAUCGACAACAUUUUAAUGCCUCUGAUGUAUUUUAAAGAAGAAAACAAUAUUCAAUACCAACCCGCCCCAAGCUAUCUUUAUUUAUCAAAACAUGAAAAUAUAAUUUGCCAAAUUUUAAUAUCGACCAAUCAAAUUUCACAAUUUAAAACAAAACCAUUUAAUAUAUUUUUAAAGGAUAUAAGUUUUCAAGCUAUGACACAACUACUGAACCAUUCAAUUGACUUGGCGUGUAUAGAAUCCCUAGAAUUGCUCCUAGAAAUAUGGGGUCCAAGUCUAUUCUCUUUUGCUUCGAUAGCACAAAGAGAUUGUGUUCCGUUCAAAUACUGCAGAGGUCCAGAAUUUGAAGAGAAAAGGAAUAGUUAUAUCAAAUCUUUUGUAAAUACAAUUUAUAAGCAACAACUAAACAGGGAUGGUAGGCGUGGUAACAACCUCAAUAAGGACAACUCUUUUACCCAAUUAACAAACUAUUUAGUUGGUAGUUUAAUGGACCAGCCUAUAUCAAAGGAAUCAUUUAAAAUAUUCAAAGAGAUAUUCAAAAGGGUUAUAGAUAUAUACCCAACCUAUAUAUUUUAUCCACCCAAUAAAGUUUUCAAGUCAAAUAAUAAGUUUUUGAAAAUUAUUUUAGAGAAUAGUCAAAACUUCUAUUUAGAUAGUGGAGUUACCUCAUUAGUCGCCCAACAUGUACCAGAUGCUCUAAAGACACUCAUCGUAAAGUGUAAGGUUCCAAUUGAUAUUCGAUGCUUUUCAUACGCUUUAAGAAAUGGUAAUGUGGAAAACCUAAAGCUAUUACAUCAACACAACAGCACCAUUUUUUCUUGGCCUGAUAUUACCAUAGCAAUUAGUAAAAACCACAUUGAGACCAUAGAGUACCUAUUUGAUAAUUGUAUGAAUCUUUUAGACCUUUCGUUCUAUGGUAGAGAGCUAUUACUUAAUGAUACAUAUUUUUACAGUUUUCAAUUAUUCGAUUUAAUUCAAGAAAAAGCAGAACAAUUGAAUAUUUCAAAAGAUCAACUAGCUCAAUUUAAAAGGAACCCAUAUCUCAGCUAUGACGAUGAAUAUUAUCAAAAUAAGAUACCAGAGGAUCAAAGCCAUGGUUUUAAUUUAAUUGAUCCAUAUUAUUAUCUCGAUAUUGGAAAAAUUGAAAUGUUUCAAAAACUAUUAAAAGAUAAAGUUAAUUCAAUUUUAAAAUAUGAAGAAGAAAAAAUAAACCAAAACUCAAAUCCCAUAUCUCAAGAAAUCAAUAAUAAUAAUAAUAAUACUAAUAUAAAUGAUAAUAAUAAUGGUCAGAUUUCUCACAUGCCUCUCUUUAAUGUAGUAAACAAUCAAUUGAUAGUAGAUAAAGAAUAUCUUUCUUCAAAUCCAAUCGAUGAAAGUUUGAUGAAAUACCCUUUAUUCAGAGAAAUCAAUCGUAAGAUUUGUAAAUAUGGUAGCUUAGAGAUAAUUUUCAGGAUAAAUUUUGAUGCUAAUGGUAGUGAUGGUAACAUAAAUCAUUAUUUCAAUAAUAAUAAUAACAAUUUUAAAAUUGCUACUACAUUUAAAAAAGCAUGUACAUCUUAUGGUUUAAACAAUAUUGAAAUUAUAUUAUUGGGCUGCAUUGGAGUAUUUUACAAAAUUCCUAUUUUAUUUGUUGAAGUUUUUAAAAUAGAAAAUCCAUCGGUUUUAAGGAUGGUAUUCAAAAGGGAUCCAACAAACCAAUAA